AUGGCAGGAAUCUGGUGCCCAGAGAUCCGCACGCUCCAGGCCGAAUACAAGCCAGCCACAGACCGUGUCCUCGCAUGGAUCAAGAAUUUGUCCAACAUUCCCAAAUCCGAGGUCACUUCGGUGAACUAUCAUAUCACACUGGCGAACAGGCUCGUCCAAAACGGCACCCAAAUGCCUGAGGACAUCCUCCAAGACCUGUACAAGGGCAUCGACCGCCGGCAACAAGCUGCAGAUUCUUUAGCCAAGCUUGGAAGGGCUGACCACGGUCAUUACCACAUGAUCAAGACCCUCCAGCAGAUAUUGCACUUGUUCUGCCCACCGUCUCGACCGACAACACCAGAGCCAGUGGUGCAGCAGCCGGCAGUUGCAUUGCCGAGCGUGCCAUCUCCUCAGGGGUGUAGGCCACCGCCACCACCACCUGUUUUCUAUCCUGGCGUACACCCAAGCUAUGGCAACCCGAUGCCAUUUGUUCAAUUUGUUGCUCAACCACAAAACGGCGAUCAGGCUGGUCCGUGGGGCUUCUCGUGGUGA